GUUUACCUUGGAUAUUCACCUUUAAUGUGAAGUUUUAUCCCCCUGAUCCUUCACAGUUGACUGAAGACAUCACUAGAUAUUUCUUGUGCCUACAGCUUCGUCAGGAUAUUGCUUCUGGUCGACUGCCAUGUUCUUUUGUGACUCACGCCCUCCUCGGUUCAUACACCCUGCAGGCUGAGCUGGGUGAUCAUGACCCAGAGGAGCAUCGCAGUGACUAUAUCAGUGAAUUCCAGUUUGCACCCAAUCAAACUCAAGAAAUGGAAGAGAAAGUAGCUGAGCUACAUAAAACACACAGGGGCUUGACUCCAGCACAGGCGGAUUCCCAGUUCCUAGAAAAUGCUAAGAGACUCUCCAUGUAUGGAGUGGAUUUACAUCAUGCCAAGGAUUCGGAAGGUGUGGAUAUCAUGCUGGGUGUAUGUGCUAAUGGACUGCUCAUUUACAAAGAUAGACUCCGGAUCAACCGCUUUGCUUGGCCAAAAAUUCUGAAGAUUUCCUACAAGCGAAGUAAUUUCUACAUCAAAGUCAGGCCAGCAGAACUGGAACAGUUUGAGAGUACUAUUGGGUUCAAGCUGCCAAACCAUCGGGCUGCUAAAAGGUUAUGGAAGGUUUGUGUGGAGCACCAUACUUUCUUCAGACUUGUAUCACCAGAACAGCCUCCAAAAGCAAAGUUUCUAACCUUGGGUUCCAAGUUCCGCUACAGUGGUCGUACACAAGCACAGACACGACAGGCUAGCAACCUCAUAGACAGACCAGCUCCCUACUUUGAGCGCACUUCAAGCAAACGUGUUUCCAGGAGCCUUGAUGGAGCUCCCAUGGGUAUCUCAGACCAAAGUCUGCUAAGAGACUUCCCUACUACUGCAGGGCAGGCUGCUGGAGAUAAAAUCAUUGAUAUUGAAGCUACCGGUCAGGCCAAGUUAAAAGAAAGUGGCAGAGAAGAAGAUGGAAGCCCAGUCAAAACGCCACAAUUAGAAUUGACUCAGGAUGGAAAGAGCAAUUCCUUGAGAGUAGACGGGGAAAAUAUUUAUGUCAGACAUAGCAAUUUAAUGUUGGAGGACCUGGAUAAGACCCAGGACGACUUACUGAAACACCAGGCUAGCAUUAGUGAGCUCAAGCGCAAUUUCAUGGAAUCCACACCUGAACCACGCCCAAAUGAGUGGGAAAAGCGGCGUAUCACACCUCUGUCCCUACAGACACAAGGGAAAAAAGGAGACCACAUUUUCCAAGUGAAAACGCUGCCUGGGAAGGAGAAGCAAUGGACUGCGAUGCCAUGGAUUGCUGGAGCAAAACCAGAGGAAACCGAUAAGGUGGCUGCCCUGAAACCUACUGCCUUUUUUGCUGUAUCUGCUGUGGGCUAG